AGUUUUUAUAACAGGCGCGUGAACUAGUAAUUAGCGAACGACGACAGCGCGCUUGGUUGUUAUCGCUUAUCACUGCACCAGCGUGUCCCAUUUUAUCGCCGCGAUCGCAGCCAGCGAGCCAAGGCCAAGCAACAAUGUUCCGAUUUGAAAAUGGCUUCUCCGCCGUGGUGUGCGUGUGGCGGCGAUAAAUGUUGCGUUUAAUUUCCGAAUUCCACUCGUCGACGUUGUGUGUGUGAGAUAAGCGCGACGUCAAGCAUGGAUCGAUAGGUGCCGUCCACGGAAUACGAAGACGAUAUGGACGAGUGGGAAAGACAGGAGACGGGAGCCGGAAUCCCGUAUUACGUCAACCAUCGAAAGGAGAAGACGCAGUGGGAUCACCCGGAAAUGGUCCUCAUCAUCGAGAAGCUAACGUCCUUCAACGACAUAAAGUACGCUGCGUACAGGACUGGAGCAAAGCUCAUCUACCUUCAAAAGGAACUCUUGUUCAGCAAUGUACAUGUGUCGAUGCUGGGCAGCGUGUUUGGGGCGCAUGGUCUGGAAGGGGCGUCCCAGCACGAACUUCUCCUGGGCUGCGCGCAAGUCGAGGCCAUCUUGGAGGACCUCUACAAGCGAGCUCCGGGGGUGCAUCAACAGAAAGUGCCCCUGCUUGCAUCGCUAGCCCUCAAUCUGCUCCAGAACCUUUUCGACGCCAAGCGCAAAGGGACAAUCCAAGUUUUGCAAAUGAAGAUAGCCCUAUUUGUCUUCUGCGCUGGCCGACUGCUGGACAAGCUGAAGUAUAUUUGUAACGAGUUGCAAGACGGUACUCAUCGCAUUUCCUACGAAGAGUUGGAGAACUUCUUGCACAACAUCUCAAAGAUUCCCGAGUUCCUUGGUGAAAAGCUUUCAUUUGGCGCUCAUUUUGUUCCUGCUGCUGUUGAGAGCUGUCGAAAGCUCGCACCAGCGCUGCCUGCUGUUCCAGAUGACAUGUUCCUCAAUUGGCUGCUCAGGGAACCGCAGAACCUCGUUUGGAUCUCGACAUUCUACCGAAUGAGGUCAACUGAAAAUGUUGCACACCCAAUGAAAUGUGGAGCGUGCAAAACAUACCCCAUCGUGGGUCUGAGGUACCAGUGCCUUCAGUGCCUCAACUACGAUUUGUGCCAAAGCUGCUUUUUACACGGCAAUGUCAGUAAGAACCAUUCCAUCAAGCACCGGAUGCAAGAGCACUGCCAACAGACAUCUUCUUGGGAAAAAGUCAAAGCCGUCCUGAAAACCAUCAGCCUCAAGAUCCAGCGAUGGAAGCGUGAGCCCAGGCCCAGUUACCUUCCUCUGCAAGCCAACCCCGAAUCCAAGGCUCCAGCUCAAAGCCCUAAAGCAUAUCGAGUGCCACCAUCAGAUGAAGCAGACUGCGUGAAGACAAUGGCUCAGAACAACGCGCACAUGGCACCUUGCAUGGACACGCUUCACCAACAAGAGCUGGAGAGCAUCAUCGAGCGGCUCGAGCGAGAAAACAGGAACCUUGCCCGCGAGGUAGCUGCCAAAGAACACGGCACGGGUAGCCCGACAUCAGUGCCCUCGUCACCUCUCAGGCAGCGGUACCUGCACCAGCACUUGGCGCAGGUGGAGGUGCAGCUGAAACGCAUGCGCGGUCUUCUACAGGCGCUAUCAAGAGAGGAGAUGGGCUGCACCGACGCCGUGAUGUGUGCUCCCAAUGGUGUGGCUGGUGGCGGUGGUGUCAAUCAUCCCUGCUUGGCCCCCAUGGCGAACCCUGCCUGGCUUCAGAGCACUCCGGCCAAUGGUGGGCGAGUGCCGUGCAAAAGUAUGGAUCGGUUCAUGGAGAUCCACAAUGGUCUCAAAGCAAUGGAGGCCCCCAUAAACGCGCCCACCCCUCCGCCUCCACCACCAACACCGAGCAUGGUCUGGGAGCUGCGACGAGACGUAGCUGCAAGCUCAUCCACACUUCCAGAACCGCCUUCGCCCAUUGCCUGUGCCCCUCCCUCGGAGGUUGUCAGUGCCUGCGCAAACAAGGGUACAUUGGACUCUGCAAAGGAAUGCACUUUUGGGGACUUGACGUCGCCAGUACGGUCGACCUUUGUGGUUGACCCCAGCAGCACCACGGUGAUGGGCAAUGGCUGUCCCGCCGCACUGCCCGGGCUGCCACUCGACGGGGAGCUGGAGAGCAUUCUAAGGCAACUGGAUGACCUCCUGUCCGAACCCAAACAAGGUUACAACUCUGUGGCGGUGAAGAAUCACGUCAUGGAGACCGUCAAUCAGGUUCAGCAAGUCAUGGACCGAAUGAAACAGACCUGCUGAAAAGGCAGUUCCCACCAAUGUUUUUCGCAGGACCAGCAGAUUUCUGUAGCUUCCCAUUCAAAAGUUCGUCUUUUUUCCCCAAAAUGUUUUUAUGUACAGUUAGGACGUUUCUGGACGUAUUGGAGAAAAGGUGCGCCCUGUAAUGUAUUUCACGCUGAUUCAGCCUGUAUAGUAAGUUGUGCGCAACCGUGCUGAAAACUGGUACACAUUGCAACUUUCAUGUAAUCAUACCAUUUGCAAUGAUUACCAUUUAUGCUGGCGAACCUUUGUCUGCUGUGUCGUGCAGUUGGGAAGCAUCUCAAAACAAGUCCCUAGUACAGGAAAUUGCAGUUGAUGGUCAUAAUGAGCCAUUUAUUUUUUAUCAUUAUAACUAGACUGCAUGUUAAUGAAACAUUGGGAACAGCUAACUAUGUAAAUGUGAAAUGAUAUGUUAUGUUUGUUGAAGUCUCUGCUCUCUGAUGGAAUCGAAAAGCACUAUUGCGAAAAGCACUAUCUAUAGCAAAAUCUUAAACUGCUUCUUCUAUAAAGGGUCACGAAUGUACUUACCAAUGGGGAAAUCUCCAUGCUGACUUUCUGUGCUGUAUGUGGCAUGAGGCGAGUGCUAUAAGGGUAUCGAUUUCAUGUGUACCCACUGGCUGUCGCAUUGUGGUUGCUUAGCUCGCCGUAUUCAGCUUUUUGUCAGUCCUACAGAUCCGGAUUGAAACGAGUGUUAGUCCUUGCAUUCAGCGCAAGUGAAGAGGGGGCUUCGUUUUAGUAAAUUGUUAUACAUCUGUUUUUAUAGUUGAGCAUAUUUUACGUAUACCUAAAUGCAUACUUCUCUGUAAUCGCGGUUUCCAGUCAUACAGUUUUGUGGACAGAUGCUUGGUGUGACAAGCGCAUUUUUCCAUGACUUUACACAAAACUUUGUUAUGACACGGUUUAGCGGGCCUUGUGCAUGUGCCAGGAGGCAACGACAUUCCUACCGCGCACUGCCGUUUGUGGAGUGUGUGUAACAUGUCGCCAUAUAAGGGGAGUUGCGUGCUGUGUACAAACUCUCUAAAGCCGCCAUGCUUUUUUGCUGAGCUUUUGCCGCUCUUUUGUUUCUUUCUUUAAUCUGUUUAAUAAGCCCACCAGGAACAUGUCUCCUUGAAGGAGCACAACUGAUUGUGUAGAGGUGCGGAAAGCUGAAUUUCGGCUAAUGGAACAUUGUCCUAACUGUGCUGAAAAGAUGCAGAGGAGGCCAAUCCAAGCUUUCUAACUAGCCUCUGCUUUUUAUGGGUGUUGGUCAUGCGUGAAUUUAUGUCCACUGUGCGAGUGUAUGUGCGAAGUGCAUUUAACAGAACUCAUGACAUAUGAUCUGUAUUGACAUACGCCUUUUUAACCUAAUGCUUCUCAAUGCUGCUGAUUGGAAAUAGCAUCAAACCUUAAUUAAAGUAGCCGUUUGCUUAGUAACACCUAUGGCAGUUGUGCUGAAGAGUAUAUCUAUAGACUGCCUUGGAGGCAGGGUUUCUUCUUUUUUUUCAAAGGUACACUUCAAGUGUCUAAUUAUCAAAUUGUAGCUCAGAAAUUUAUUGUAUUUAUGCAUAUUGACCUCUUGUGUCCAACUGGGGCCAUACAAUGGGGGUGCAGCAAGAAGGGGAUAACAAAGUGUAUGUAUGUGUAUGCAUGCAGUGGUCACUGCGUGCCUUUAGUGUACGAGGUUUUAGCCUUGGAGC